AUGGCGACCACUGCCAAACACCAGGACAAGGCUUCGAGACUGCUCAAAGGUGCCAAUGGUGUCCAAAAAAACAAUGUGGAGUCUCUUCUCAGCAGAGCUAUCAAGUUCCGCAAGUCACGCUACGUAGACGACAAACUUGAGAUGUUCAAACGUAAAUACGCUCCCAUCAAUUCAACAACCGGAGUCGUUCACAAAGCAGACUUUUCUUAUGCGGACCAAAAAAACUCGGAUAAUGUCGUUGGUGGCGUCGAUGCGAAUGGUUUUGAUCAACCUGGAAAAUCGCUGUUCAACAAAGAUAACCUUGAACUCGGUUGGAAGGAAAUCCGACCUGUGGGAUCUGGCUUGAUCGAUCUCGGAAAAGUUUCAGCUCUCAAUUCUGUUCUCCAAAUCUUGACUUAUACACCAAUUCUUGCCAACUACCUGCUGUCCAGGAAGCACAGUGCUAACUGUACCGUUCAGGAUUACUGUUUUGUUUGCGCAUUAGAAAAACAUGUUCGGCAAUGUUUGGGACCUGGUGACGAUUUGGUGUCUAGCCGUGAAUUUAUCGGAAAGCUUAAAAAGAUGAAUAAUGGUUCAUCCGAUGAUUCUUCGUCUAUCUGGAACUAUUUUAUGGAACAGAUGCAGAGUUUUUUCCUGUUAGAGAAAGGCUCAACAGAUAAACGCACACAGGAAACAACUGCGCUGUAUCAGAUGUUUGGAGGAUAUUUACAAAAUAAUAUUAAAUGCGGAGAAUGUGGAAAGACAGAGAACAAAUAUGAUGCAACUCUUUACUUUGAUCUCGACAUUAGUCAAAACAACACAGUCGACAGAUGUGUAUCCCGUAUGAUGAAGGAAACAACCUCAAAAAUCAACUGCACAAGCUGUGAUAAAGACUGUACUGGUCAAGUAAAGCGUUCACUGUACCGCACACCUUCUGUAUUGGCAAUUCAUCUUGACAGAUUCGACAAGUCUACCGAAGAUGGCCAAAAGAAUGGAAAAGCAGUAAAAUUUGAGGAUACUUUGGAUAUUGAGCGUAAUGUGACAGAGAGCGAACGUGGAUCUGUAAAGACAAAAUACAAUCUUUAUGGAGUCAUUGUCCAUGAAGGCCCUUCAAGAAUUUCUGGGAAAUUUGUUGCAUAUGUAAAAAGCUCUAAUGGAAUCUGGUACUGUAUGAACAAUGAAUCGGUUCAGCAGGUGAGCACGAAGCGACUUUUUGCGCAGCAGGCAUAUAUGCUAUUCUACACACAUCCUGCCGAGAGAUCAAAAUCUCGAGUAGUCAAUACUCCAGUGCCAGCAUCAGCCGCCAACGCAUUUGGUGAAGGAGAACUUGUGAAAGAGCCUGUCGUGGAAGAGGAGGAGGAGCCAGUACAUAUUACAGAGGAAGAGGAAGAGCGACAGAAAUUACAAGAAGCAAUUGAAGCUGCUGCCUCUAAACCAAAAUUGGAAAAUACAGAGGCCAUUGUGGUCCAACACAAUGAUAACUUACAAUCCAAGCGUGAAAAAUUGGAUGCUCUUAUUGAGCGCGAGAACGCAAUUGGAAAAAGUGAUACUGUUAAACAAGAGCUUAUUGUGUCUUCGUCAAACAGUCAGUUCUUUGAGGAUGUCAGUCGAUGGGACGAAGAUCUGGGUGCUGCUGUUACAGAGGAGGGUCGCAAGAAGGCACUUAGAGCAGUCAAGUCAAAGCGGAAGAAGACUGAUUUAUAUGAUAUGGACUAUGACCGCGGUAAGGUGAAGAAGGUUAAGAACAAACAAAUGGAUAAAUUUGGAAAACCAAAUAUGUUCCAAGCAGCGGCAGAAGAAGUGCAAAAAGGAAAGAAAAAGAAGCGACCAUAA